GUGUGUAUGUCCAGCUACAAUUCAGUAGCAAACCUACACUAAGCCUUUAAAAAACAAUUUUUUUCAUUAAAAUUUUUGUUUGGAUUUACGUUUAAAUUCAAAAUUCGCCAUGUUCAAGUUCAGAGACAUUGUAUAUUUCGUUAUACUCACGGGUCUGCGUGUCUGUGCCGAAAUACAGCCGACCGUGGAGGCCCAUGCCAAACUGAAUUGGAACAAUUUGACGGUGGACCGUAGCCUGCGGCUGAAUGUGGGCUACCUGUACCAGCCGUCGAUGCUGCUCAGGGCCAUGAUGUACUCGCUGCUGACGCUGAUUGGGCUGUGGUAUGGCCGCCAGCGGGAUGCAGUGCGGCGGGCGAAGAGGCGCCAGGAGCUGGCCGAGCAUCGGGCACGCAGCAAGAGCAUUAUCAGCAGUCCCUCCAGCCAGUGGAUAACGGCGCAGCAGGUGAUGAACGAAUGGGUGCGUCGGCGCAAGGAGGCGUCCAUAACGGAAAUCCAAGUGGACGCGGCAGCGCUCGACAUGGAGCUGGAGCAGUCGGAGGGCUCCUAUUUUCCAUGGAUGAGUUUCCUGCUGUUUGCCCUGCCCUGGACCUGGACAUUUGUCGUCACCGGAAUGGUCAACUAUGGCCGGCUCCAUCUGGUCCUGCAGCACUUUUGCCUCACCUACUGGCAGACGGUGAUGCUCUACCUGAACAUCCAGAUGAUGUUCCUGCGCCGCAUUAUUGAGGCAUCCCUGGCCUCCUACUGGCAGCAGUUCCACGGCACCGUCGAGGAUCCCAGCAUCAAGCACAUCAACUACAUCAGCUUCGAGACGCACCUGCUGUCCAUGGAAUGAGCUGUGAGCCGUGAGCUGUGAGCUGUGCCGUUACCCCCGCCACCCACUACCAACCACACAUCUCCUGUUACCAAUCAAAAUGCGAUUCAUGUAGUCCCUGCGCCCCCACCACAAAAACAAGUCCCCCCCUGCAUCAAAUAAAAGGCAUUUUCUAUCAA